AUGUCAAACGAACGAGGACAAGAAAAAAGACGUGUGAAAUCUUUAGCUGAAACUGAUACAAAGAAAAAGUACCUCAACAACAAGUGGCGACGACUCUGUUCUGUCACUAAUUGUACGAAACAAGUACAAAAAGAAGGUUUAUGUAUUGGACAUUAUACAGAGAAAUAUGAUCAAAAAUAUACAACAAAUAUAGCAGUUUCUGAUCGAGCGUUCGCACACCCAACAACGGAAGAAUCGGAUACUAUGUCUAACAAUCCUACUAAUUUAUCCACUCUUACGGAAAACCAUACAGAACAGGAUAGUUUUGAAGGAAAUAGAAAUAUUCCAACGACGACAAUACAAACACAUUCAUCUGGUCAAAGUAUUGCAAUGUAUUUUAUUCCUGAGAAAUCAACACCUUUACACAAAGAUAUUGGAGUUACAGACCAGCUAAAUAUCGUCAGACACUUCAGUACUUCCAUAACAUCAGGUAAAUAUAUCACAAAAUUUUUAUAUGAACCAUAA